AUGAAAGGACCGAAACCACGUAACAACAAUAGGAAGAGACCACCGCGCAACGACACCAAUUCCUGGAUUAGGAUCUUCUGGUGCACCAUCUUCAUCUUCUUCAACUUCCUCCUCCUCUCCGGCUUCACCUUCUCCACUUUCCGGCUCCUCUUCGGAAAAACAUUUCGACCAGGACUAAGAUGGCCAACUGUAACAAAAACCGCCGUAACCGCCGACUCUCCGGUCACCAUUUCCGUCCGAGAAGUAGUUAGCCUGCCGGACCAGUCACUGGUUUUUCUAAACUACCCUCGAACCGGUUGCUUAUUUACAAAGGAGGAAAUCGACUGCAUUUACUUCUCAGCUAAUGACCUCUCCGCCCGGCCUCUCUUCAAGCAACCGCCGCUCGACAUGGACAGCGAGGAUCCCUACAACCAGAUCGUACGGUGCCCGCUGCAGUCCGGAGACGGCUUUAGGGUUUCAGUUGGUUUAAAAAAGCAAAACAGCGACUUAACGUCAGUGCCGACGUACACGUGGGACUCACUGGCGUACGAUGCGUUCAUUGACCACGACAACACCACCGUCGUCUUCGUGAAAGGACUCAACUUACGGCCAGAUAGGGUUUCAAAUGCCUCGAGAUACGAGUGCUUGUACGGCUGGGAUUUCAGCACGUCCAACCAUUUGUUGCGGUCCGACGUCGUUUCUUUGGCGCAGGAGAUCGUACGGUGUAAAACGCCGUUGAGUGUGUUGAUCAGGAACAAACGUGGGGUGAAUGAUGCGGUGAAGGUUUCAGUUAGGUUUAAAGGGAGAACAACAAUAGUGGACACUAUAGCCCGGCCGGGGCUCCGGCCCGGACUCGUCGAACCGCCCCGGAAUAAAGAGCACGUAAUGUGUAUAUGCUCCAUGGUGAGGAACCAGGGUCGGUUCUUGAAGGAAUGGGUCAUGUACCAUGCUGAAAUGGGAGUGCAACGUUGGUUUAUUUACGACAACAAUAGUGAUGAUGAAACUGAUGUCGUUAUUGAGCUUUUACAGAGUGGGAACUACAAUAUUACCCGGCACCUGUGGCCUUGGAUCAAGACCCAGGAGGCCGGGUUCGCGCAUUGCGCGUUACGGGCACGCGAGACUUGCCAGUGGGUUGGGUUUAUUGAUGUGGACGAGUUUUUUCACAUGCCUUCGGGGUUAUUAUUACAUGACGUGCUGCGCAACCAGUCCAAGUAUGGUUAUGGUGAGGUUCAGGCUUGGUGCUAUAGUUUUGGGCCGUCGGGCCUCAAGAGUGUCCCGAUUCAGGGCGUGACAGUGGGGUACACUUGUCGCGUGGCGGCCCCGGAGAGGCACAAGAGCAUUGUGAAGCCGGAGGCGUUGGAUUCGACAUUGAUGAAUGUGGUGCACCAUUUCAAACUUAGAAAUGGUUACGAGGCAGUGAAAGCGGAUAGGGGAGUGUUGGUUAUCAAUCACUACAAGUACCAAGUGUGGGAGGUUUUUAAGGAGAAGUUCUAUAGGAGAGUGGCGACCUAUGUGGCGGACUGGCAGGAGGAGCAGAAUGUGGGUUCCAAGGAUCGAGCCCCGGGAUUGGGGACGAAGGCGGUGGAGCCACCUGAUUGGCCGGAGAGGUUUUGCGAGGUUAAUGACACUGGACUUAGGAACCGGGUGUUGAAGAACUUGGCUGAUCCGUAUACAAGGCUUUUGCCGUGGCAGGAGGGUUAUCAAAAACAUGAGAAGAGAAGGGUGAGAAGGAGAAAGAGAAAGAGACGAAAGCAUAGAGAAUCGAACCCAGUUGAGAUCGGAAGUGGCCCAAGUGGGAACAGCUUGAUGUUCAGUCCCAGAUUCAAAUCGGCGGCGGCCAUGGCCGGUUGGGACGAAGAGUCUCUCCUGAUCGCAAGCCUUGUCGUCGACGACACGCCGGAGCAAGAUAUUAAGCAGAAGAAACGAUCUGUUUUCCGGUCCAAGACUCCACCCACCAAUUCAUCAAGAAGAAAGCGGAGAGUUCAGCGAAAGAGCCCGGUUUCGAUCCCAGUGGCUGUUCUUGACCUUGAUAGUGAAGAAACUACAGAAGAGGAGAGUGUGAAAGAGAAGGUAGAGCCUGAAAUUGUUGCUGUGAAUGAAGAAAAGAAAAGAGGAGAAGAUGGGAAGAUGGGUGAGAGCUCUGGUGCUUCCUGCUCAACCUCGAAUCUUCCUUGCAUGGAUAAGCUUAGGGAUGAGCUUUCUUGUGCUAUCUGCUUGGAGAUUUGCUUUGAACCCAGUACCACUCCUUGUGGACACAGCUUCUGUAAGAAAUGCCUGCGAUCGGCUGCGGAUAAAUGUGGGAAGAGGUGCCCCAAAUGCAGGCAGCUAAUGAGCAAUGGAAGAUCUUGCACCGUGAACACGGUUCUAUGGAACACGAUUCAGCUUCUGUUUCCACAAGAAGUUGAAGCAAGGAAAGCAGCUGGAGCCUUGAAUAGUCGUGAAGAAGAUCAGCGGGAAAUCCCCGAUAAGGCCUUUAGUAGUAGCAACUCAAGGAAUCAAAGUAGAAGAGUAUCCGGCAGAGAUGUGGCUGUGAGGAGAAGAAGGGUAGUGUUAAGCCAAGAUGAUGAUGAGGACGAUCCUGCACCACUAGCUAUAAGGUUACAGAUGAGAGAAGCUGAGAAUCAAAAUCGAGAACUAGGCAGCUUGGCUCAACCAGUAAGGAUAUCAUCAGGCAGAGAAAUUAGGCCUAUAAGGAGGGUAUCAAGCAGAGAUGCAAAUCCGACGAGUAUUAGAAGGGUGCCAAACCAACAUGAGGAUGCUGCAUUAGCUCUGAGAUUACAGAGGGAGGAGUUUAUGGAGGCUUUUAGGGGAACCAGUGAUCAAUCAAGUGCCUCUCUUUCGUUGGCUAGAGCAAACCUGAGAGCCAUGGCAUCUAGAGCCACUAACCGUGGUGCUGCAACCCGAUUUAUGUAGUCUAGUUUUCCGUUCAAUUGGUGUACUGCUUUUCUUAUGACUCUUCUACUAGCAUUGCUCAAUCCUAGUGGUUAUUAAAUUUGCUGCAUUACGUUGUUCAUGUACUCCCAACAUUUACAAAGAACUGGGAACACAGCUUUUCCCUGCUUAAACAAAGUUGGUUUACACCAGGAAACUCCUUUUCUUGGAAGGGUUUCUAGAUGAGGUCUUUUAUGAAGAUUUGA